GCGCUUAAAAAAACAAAUAGUCGAAAUUUGGAUCGAUUAUUUAUUUUUUUUAGAAAAAAUGUUUAUUCCGAAAAAAAUAUUAUUGCAGGGCAGGGAUAGUAUCAAAAGAUUGCUGGGUAUACUAGGUAUAGUAGAGGGUUUUGCUAAGUGUACGGAGCAGGUAAACAUGUACUCAGCCCUUCAAAUGCUAUAUAUCGGCGUCUUUUUACUGAUAUAUACACGUUUCAUGGAGGCACAUGACAGCUAUCGCUUAUUAGAACACAUCAGACCAAUUAACUAUAAGCUUAAUUUAAAUAUAGAUCCGAACGAUGAACACUUUUAUGGACAACUUGAAAUUAUUUUAAAAAUAGAUCAUGGAGUUCAUGGAUACGUACUUUUAAAUGCUCAUAAGGAUUGCAUUGAAAUCCAGCACAUCACAAAGAACAACGAAAAAUGCAGUUUUACCGAUAUCAAUUCUGAAACUCAGAUUUUUAGGAUUCAAUGUCCAACAUUAUUCAGAUCUGGUGAUUCUCUAUUCAUAAUGUACGAAGGAAAAUAUUCGACUACAGAAAUGAACGGGUUAUACAAGACUUGGUACGAUAACGGAACACUACUUGUGACCACUCUGUUUCAGCCUGAAUUUGCCAGAAAAGCCUUCCCAUGUUUUGACGAGCCUUCUUUGAAAGCCACCUUCGAUAUAAUGAUUCAAUCCCCCAGCAAAUAUAGGGUUAUGGCGAACACCAAAUUGGAAUCAUCUCAAUCAAGUACCGUACCAUACUCUGGUACUGUAAGAAAUAUCACUACCCACAAAUUCCAGAGGACUCCUGUCAUGUCUUCAUAUCUCGUGGCCUUCGUGGUAUCCGAAUUCGAGGCUGCAGUUACAGAAAAUUCUUCGUUCAACGUAUUUGCUCGACCAAGUGCUAGCCACAAUAUGGAAGUGGCUGUAAAGUACGGCCAGCAGCUAUAUGAUGCUCUAAGCCAAUGGAUUGGUAUCGACUAUGAAGAUUUAGGGAAUCCGCAACGGUAUUUGGUAGCUGUUCCUGAGCUUUCAGCCGGUGCUAUGGAAAACUGGGGAUUGAUUACUUUUACUGAACUGGAUCUUCUGGAUGAUGGUAAGAGAACGAGAAGGGAUACGUAUCAAAACAUCAUACAUGUUAUGGCUCAUGAAAUCGCCCAUCAAUGGUUUGGAAACUACGUUACCUUGGAUUGGUGGUCGAAUUUGUGGAUAAACGAAGGUUUUGCUACCUAUUUUUCUUAUAUUAUCACCGACAUGGUUGCCAAUGGUACCAACAACAUGGAAGUAGAAAAGCAACUAGUAGCUGGAGAAAUGCAGAUGCUGUUGGAACAAGACACAACUUUAUCAUCUUCAGCUAUAUCAGAACCGGCGAAUGCGUUGAAUACCCCAUUGGAAGCAAUUAACAAAUUUGACGAAUUCACUUAUAUUAAAGGGUGCAGUAUCAUCCGAAUGAUGAAGUUUAUUUUAGGAGAAGAUUUAUUUAAAGCAGGAAUACAUAAUUAUAUGGAUGAAAAUAAAUAUGGAAAUGUCGACCCUGAAAUUCUCCUGAGGUCAUUGCAGACAACCGCAAGAAAUGAAGUGACCCAUUUUCAACAGAAAAUGCACAAUUGGAUUUACCAUUCCGGCUAUCCCCUGGUAACAGUAAAACAGACAAAUACAUCUGCAGUUACUGUAUCACAGACUAGAUUUCUAAGUACCAAGAAUAAGAAAUCAAAUGAUGAGUGGUACGUGCCUCUAAGCUAUACUAGCCAAAAAGAAAAAGAUUUUUCAGGAAAAAUUAGAGGUUGGCUAGAACCAGCUGAAACAUACACUAUUAAGCAUGCUAAAGAAGAUUGGCUGUUGUUGAACAUACAAAGAGGGGGUUUCUAUAGGGUAAACUACGACGACACAUUGUGGAGCAACAUCAUCGAUGCUUUGCACAACGACAUAGAAAGAGAAUCUAUCGACUCUUUAGAUAGAGCCCAAUUGGUUGACGAUAUAUUUCACAUAGCCCGAAUUGGAGAAGUUACUUAUUCCAAAGCAUUUGAACUGGUUGAUUAUUUAAGAAAAGAAACAAGUUUUUAUCCAUGGAUAUCAGCCAAUAGAGAGUUUGUUUAUCAAAUGGAUAUAGUUGAUGAGGAGACUAGCAAGUUACUAACAAGUUUUAUUCUAGAAAUAAUAAUGGAAGCAUUUCCUGAGAACACUGAGUAUGUAACACACGUGGACAAAUUAAAGGAAGCUACUAUUACUGGUAUGAAAUGCAAACUAGGAGAAGAGGGAUGCCUAGCGUUAGCAAAAAAGCAGUUCGAUGACUUUAGAAACAAAAAUAUAUUACCAGAGCUUAGCAUACAAGACGCAGUAUUUUGCUAUGGACUAAAAAAUAGUGACAUAUUGCAACACGAUUAUGAAUUUCUCCUGGAUACAAUUAAAUCGACGCAAUCUUCAGCUUUGACGACUUCGAUUCUUAUAGCGUUAGGGUGUAUGGAAGAUGAAGGAUUGCUUAAAAAUUAUUUAGACUUAACCUUGGACCCGAAGAUUUUCAUUAGAAAACAAGAUUUGCAGGUAGUGUUCAAUGCGGUCUAUUUCAAUAACAAAGUAGGGGUCUCUGCAUGUUUGGACUUUUUAGAGAAAAACUUAAAAGAGAUGGAUGUGGCAUAUGAUGGAGGUAAUCAACUCUAUGGUCUGUUGAUUGAUUUUGCAUCUAAAUUGUCUACACCAGAAGAAGUUAGAAAGAUGAAAAAAAUCCUCGAGACUUACAAAGAUAAUGAGAACGUCCAGCUGGCCAGAUCGAGUGUGUUGGAUACGAUCGAGACGAAUCAUCAAUGGAAAAUAGACUAUGGUAAAGAACUUAAAGAUGUGCUGCAGAAACACGUACAUUCUGCACAACCGAAUCACCACUUAGGAAAUACCAUUUAUAUUUGCUUCUUUAUGUUGUUUAUUAACAUUUUUAUGGUAUUUUAGGAUAAGUUUAAGUAAAUGAGAUUAGUGUACUGUGUUGUUGUUGUAUAUAGAUUUUUAUAAAUAAAUAUUUAAUUAUUA